AUGAAACUAUGCAAACCUGGCGGGCAUAGACAGCUUCGGGCGCGAGCUCAAUUCUUCACACCAGAAAAGGCUGAUUCAUGUUGCGGCCGGUACCCAAAUAGAUUUCCAUACAAUACUUCAGAUACAGAAAAAGAGUGCUGUGAUGGUUCGAUAAUAUCUUCUCGAAAAAAUGUUUGCUGUCAUGGACGAGUAACAUCAAUAAUUGGGUGUGAAGAUGAAAAGAUCAAAAAAGAAACUGAUGAUGAUGAAAUGUCUAUUUUUCAACGAAGAAUAGUUUUUUUAUACGAUGAAGGAGACCAAAAUGCUAUCACUUCCACUGCGUCACCAAUUUCUUAUGAAACAAUGUUUGAAACAUACACAACUACGGCAGAUACAACAAAACAAACUGAAUACGAAACAACUUCAUCAUCUGCCACGUAUGAGUACGAAACGUAUUUAUCCACAGUAACCACUGGAACAACCAAGGAUCCGAGUACAACAACUUCAACAUUGCGGACUUUGCCAGUCUUAGAUUCAGAAGACAACGAAGAUUAUGAAACUUCGUUCUCCACUGUGACAACGGGAACGACAAAAGAACCGACGACAACAAUGACAUCAACCUUCGGAGACUUCCCAGGACCUUGCUUUCCAAAUCCUUGUCUCAAUGACGGAGAGUGUAUUGAAUCCCCAAAUUCCGAGUUUCCAUGGCUAGCGUACUCCUGCAUCUGCCUAACCGUGCCGAUUCAUUUCACUGGCCGUAACUGCCAAUAUGGCCCGUGCAAUCCAAAUCCGUGCAUCAACGGCGGAAGAUGCAAAAUAGCGGAUUUCAAGCGAGAAAAAGAAUACUCAAAUAUUGAGUGUUUUUGUCCCAAAGGAUACGGGGGAAAUUACUGUGAGCUCCGACUGUACUGA